GGAGAACCAGUGGAUAAAGAUAGAUAUUGGCGUAUUGCUCUCUCUCUCUCUCCCUCCUCUAGCUGAACCCAUCGCGAUCUAUUUACCAGAAAGUUGUCAGAUUGUCGCCUAUAAAGUUUGCAAUUAAUUGUUAUGCUGAGCCUUUGAUACAAGAUUUUCGAGAUCAAGAUCAGAGAAUUGAUUUUGAUUCUGCUGUGUUAUCAAAGGUCAUCAUGUCCCAUAACCAAGGUGAUGAUGCUGAGUACAUGGCAGAUGAAUAUGAAAUGGAAGAUGUAGAUGAUGACAUGGAUGAUGAAUUUCGUGGCAGAGAUAUGGGUGGCUCAGACUCUGACGUGGAUGAAUAUGACUACAUGAAUAAUAAAAUGGCAGAUACUUCUGCUGCUCAAGCUAGGAGAGGCAAAGACAUCCAAGGGAUUCCUUGGGACAGGCUUAGCAUAACCAGGGAGAAGUAUAGGCAAACUAGACUAGAACAGUACAAGAACUAUGAAAAUAUACCUCUAUCUAGUGAGGGGUCAGAGAAGGAUUGCAAAGUUACAAAGAAAGGGGGUUUGUAUUAUGAGUUUAGACGCAAUUCAAGAUCUGUGAAAUCAACCAUCCUGCAUUUUCAGUUGAGGAAUUUGGUGUGGGCUACAUCCAAGCAUGAUGUUUACCUUAUGUCACAUUUCUCUGUCAUUCAUUGGUCUUCCUUAACUUGCAACAAAUCUGAAAUUCUCAACGUAUCAGGGCAUGUGGCACCGUGUGAGAAACAUCCUGGAAGUCUUUUGGAAGGAUUUACACAGACCCAGGUCAGCACCCUUGCUGUAAAAGAUAAGUUGCUAGUCGCUGGAGGAUUUCAGGGAGAACUUAUUUGCAAGUAUGUGGAUAGACCCGGAGUUUGCUUCUGUUCCAGGACAACUUAUGAUGAUAAUGCUAUCACUAAUGCUGUUGAGAUUUAUACCACUCCCAGUGGUGCAGUUCAUUUUAUAGCCUCCAAUAAUGAUUGUGGAGUAAGAGACUUUGAUAUGGAAAAAUUUCAACUCUCUAAGCAUUCUUGUUAUCCGUGGCCAGUUAAUCAUACGUCACUGAGUCCUGAUGGCAAGCUUCUUGUAAUAGUUGGAGAUAACCCAGAUGGCAUAUUGGUGGAUUCCAGGAGUGGAAAGUCAGUUGCCCCCUUGUGUGGCCAUUUGGAUUUUUCGUUUGCAUCAGCAUGGCACCCUGAUGGCCUCACUUUUGCUACUGGGAACCAGGACAAAACCUGCCGAAUUUGGGAUGUCCGAAACCUAUCGAAGUCAGUUGCUGCUCUGAAGGGUAAUCUGGGGGCAAUUCGGUCAAUCCGCUACUCAUCCGAUGGCCGAUUCAUGGCAAUGGCAGAGCCUGCAGAUUUUGUUCAUGUCUUUGAUGUCAAAAGCGGGUAUGAAAAGGAGCAGGAAAUCGAUUUCUUUGGUGAAAUAUCUGGCAUGUCCUUCAGUCCUGAUACAGAGUCCCUUUUUAUUGGGGUGUGGGAUCGUACAUAUGGUAGUCUUCUUGAGUUUGGUCGUCGGAGGAAUUAUUCGUACCUGGAUAGUGUGCUUUGAUCGGGAAUGUGAACUCUGUGAAUAAGCGUGCGGGCCUCACUCAUUUUCUUCAUUUCGAGGUGCAACUAUGGAAACCAGUAGCAAAUCCUGCAACGGUGAUCAAUCCAAAUGUAAAUGUGUUGUUGUGCAAUUGUAAUUUUCAUUGUUCCUUCUGAUAAGUUGAGUACUUUUGAGAAUGGGAGUGUCAUAAACUGUAAGAAUGGAGGGGUUGUACAGAAGGCUAGGAAGUGUCGGUCAUUUGAACAAUCAGAAACAGGGAUUUUCGAGGACAAGGCGGGCUUGUUAUGUGAUGGUGGUUUGGUAUUUAAGUUUCUCUGGGGGACAUUGAUAUGCUUUCCUCAAGUUUAUCAUAUGGGGCUUUUCUUUUUUAGAUCAAAUUAGAUGUAGUUGUUGUAAGACUCAUCAGACACUGUUUUUUAGUUUUCUUCAGGAUUUGGCCCGUACUGUGUGGCAGAUUUCGCUUCUUUCUAUAAGUAAAUAAGGAUUUCACCUUUGUUGAAGAGAUAUAAAUGAGGUCAAGCUUUAUAGAUGUCAUAAUUUGAUCCAUUUAUAGAUGUAUUAUAGGAGGUUAGCGAUUGACUUAAUAGGUCCAUAUAUGAGGACCUCCUUACCUUCUGAUAUGCCUGCUCUCCAUUCAUACGGUUCUUGAAGCAGAGGAGGAAGGGUGUUUGGG